AUGGACAAGUACUCGGCCGACCUGGAAGACCAGGUUAGUCAGAGGACCGCGGAGUUGCGCGAGGAGCAGGCAAAAACAGAAAUGCUUAUUGCAAAGAUGUUGCCCAGGUAUGAGACCCAUAUCUUCCCAUGAGACGUUCCUGGAAUAUAAAGUGAACUUUUUUGUUGCAUACCCGACUUAUCUCAUUGCAUGGAGUAUUCCUUAGCUGCUCAGAUGUACAUUUAUAAAUAAUGUAUGCUUGUAAGUGCUGCCUGUCUAAUAUGCAUAGUUCUGACAUUACACUGACGUUAUCUCAUAGGUACAUGUGCAUUACAGAUUUAAUGAACGAUGCGCCUCUGACUGAUCAGCAGAACUAACUGAAUUUGAGCACACAACUCAGUAAGCUUAGGACAGAUUCCGAUAAACAAUCAGAGGUCACCACUUUUAUUCCAAAAUAAUGAGUUUGGUCAAGUAUCAACUUUUUCCAGUUUAUUGACUUGUGAGACUGAGAUGUCUGCUAAACAAGAAAAACAAUUUUCUCUUCUGAUGUGAGUUAAGUACUUCACGCAAGAUAUUUUAAGAUACAUAAAUCGUAGAAGCAUAUGCCGUUAACGUUUUCGACAGAAAACCACGUUACGCUAUUCACGAGGGCUUGCUGGUUUUUUCGUCGUACAGUAAAGUAGGAGUUCCUUUACACAGAGAGAGAGAGAGAGAAAGGAAUGUGCUUUAUUUUGAAAGCAUAGAUUCAAAAUAUCGGAAAAAAGGGGCUCCGUUCACUGUAGACAUAAAAUAAGUUAACAAAUUACUCAAGAGUCAAAAAGAUUUACACAGAAAGGAACAACUAUUACAGGGAUAAUUCAAGCCUUGGUUUCAGUUCUUCGGUCUCCUCGCACGUCAGUUGCAAAUUUUUGACGGAAACUGCGCCUUCAUAUCUAUUACACUGUUGAUACUAUUGCGACUCUGACAUGCUUUCUUUGCUAUUUUCCCCAUAAAGCUCUGUAGCGCAGGCUCUGGUGGCUGGAAACGAGGUGGUACCGGAAGCCUUCGACGAAACCACAAUCUACUUUAGCGAUAUCGUUGGUUUCGCUCUCAUAUCAGCCAAAUCCACACCUAUAGAAAUCGUAACUCUUCUCAAUAGUCUGUACAUCGCCUUUGAUGCGUGUAUCGCCAAAUUCGACGUUUAUAAGGUAAUAAGUUUUGAAGUGUGCCACUGCUUCUUUCUUAACUGGCCUUAAGAUUCUUCUAACGAUUGAUGACUCAAAUACCAGCAAAUGUAAGAAUCUAAAUUAAAAACACGUUAGGCUGUUGAAACCGUCGAGGCAGAAGGUGAAGUUAGGUCGCGAGAGACGCAUUUAAAAAGUGAAUACGCACUUGGUAUCUCUUAGUUCACUUUUCUAAGCCCUUAACCUAGCUCCGUAUUCCUUUCUACGGUUGGACAUGGAGCAAUGAAUUGUAUAAAGAGCUAGAAACCAAAUACAUUGGAUAGAUCAUGUUCCAAAAAAAUCAUUUAAUUUGUACAGAAGUCCGGUGAAUGUCGCAGUUACGUCAACCUUUCUCAGUCAUUCACACCACACAGGACCUAAGAAAGUUUAUUUAAAUACUUCUGAACCUCAUACAUUGGCGACACAAAAAAAAACUGUGACAAACAUUCCUCGGCAUGCAGAUGGGUCAACUCGGUAUACCAUAUCUCACAGUAAUACUUCAUCCCAGCCGCUCCAAACGACCGUGAUCAGAUGCGAUUAACUCGUGAUCGGGAACUAGAAAAGUGGUUUAGUGCGGAUUUCAAGCACACAUGCCUCUUGUACACCUGAUAAUGCCCAUUUAUAGUGCACUUUAUUUUCAUUCGUUUCAGGUAGAAACCAUCGGUGAUGCUUAUAUGGUGUGUUCGGGACUGCCCACACCCAAUGGCAAGCGUCAUGCGGGCGAGAUUGCAACCAUGGCUUUGGAACUCCUGAGUAUCAGCAGUUCCUUUGUCGUCCAACACAUGCCGAAUAUUCCAAUAUUACUACGGAUAGGCAUGCAUUCUGGUACGUAGCAGAUGCCCGAUUAUAAUUUACACAAUUUCAUGAGGCGGUGUAUAGUUAUGUUGCAAGAACCUGCCAUGGUAUUGAAGGGUUCGACAUUUCAUAAGUAGAAAGAUCAGACAAGUAAACCUUUCGUUUUUGUACUUAAAGAGUCCUCUAUUGAAAGCUGACUUUACGUACGCUGGGUUCAUAAGUGAGAGGUAUCUUUACUGCAAGUAACAAACACAUUUGAACGGGUAGUUCCGUCGGAGGAAUGAUAGCCUCCGUGUCUCCUCUAUGUUUUCUAUAAGGACCUUUGAGCAUUUCUAUUCGAAAAAAUCAGAGCAUUAGCACUCUAAAUUGAUGUCCUGUACUUCGCAGUUUUAAGUUUAUCUAAUUAAGUAAGUAUAAAGUUAUCAGAAAUGCUGUGAACGGUUUGUUGAACUGAUUAACUACUUUAUGCGAUUUUGAAAUUGCUAUAAAGGUGAGCGUGGCCAAUUUAUUCAUGAAACUUUUAAACCAAGGCAGAACAUGUCGUUGAUCUGUACCUCAGAGCCACUAUCUGGUUUUUAUUCACUGAAUAAUUUUCGCGUCUUUCUACAGUUUUAAUCCUUUAAUGGAUUAUCAUUGAAACGACUUAUGUUCAUAUAAGCGCUGACUACCUUCGGCAAAGCUCAGUGUGUUAGCAAGCCCUUUUUUAAAUUCCGAGUCCCUCCUUACUUUUUGAAGUAAAACAACAUACGAUUUACCUUACAAUAAUCCCUAUCAUGUCUUCCCUAACAAACUCUGAAAUAGACCAACAUUAAGAAAUCCUUUUCAUGCCCGCAGGUCCAUGCAUGGCAGGCGUCGUUGGAUUAAAAAUGCCUCGUUAUUGUUUAUUCGGCGACACUGUGAACACUGCCUCGAGAAUGGAAUCUACCAGCGAAGGUUUGCAAAAUAAAAGACCUUGCAGAGAGUAUUGAGUCUUGAAUAUUUUUUGUUCUGUUCCGGCAAAUGCGUGCACUUUGUUUUAAUUGCAGCUUUCCGCAUCCAUGUGAGUCCAUAUACAAAAGUCGUCCUGGACGAACUUACUGGUUACGAACUCGAAUUUCGUGGCAGGGUACAUUUGAAGGGCAAGGGUGACGUUGAAUCCUACUGGCUCGUCGGGAAGACAGGAUUUACAAAGGCAUUACCAGAGCCACUGAAAACGGAUGGGUAUGUGUUCCUUUCACAGUGUUCGCUUAUAUAUAAACUCCUUCAACGUGAUGCUUGGUUUAUGCCGUUUCAAUUGAAUCAAAUCCGCAAGUCUGGAAGGCCGUUCCUUACGUUAAAGGGGCCUCUGAAGUGUUCUCGCGACUGUUACAACCCACCAGAGUAGGCAUAGCCCAGCGACCAAAGCAACAAUGCGAGGCCGUCUGAUGCAACCUCAGGACCCAUUGACACCCACUGAAACCUCAGCAGUCAUCUACACAAUAAAUUGCCAUGAGGGCGACUGCAAAUAUGUGGGAGAAACCGGGGAAAAAUUGCAAACUCUCCUACAAGAGCACGAGUCGGCCACUCGGAGGUUAGACCCUAACUCUCAACUAGCAACACACGCUGGAGAAACUGCGCUUACUUUUGAUCUCAAGAGAGCUAUCUUAGGCCGGGGCAACAAAAAAGCCGAACGGCUAACUCUUGAGACGUGGUUCCCCGAUGCCCACUCUAGUAACAGGCAUCUGGACCUUCCUGCAGCUUACAGUCCUACGUCAUCACAAUAGUAGAGCUCAGGACCAAACAACCACACCGGACUUAAAAGGCCGUACGGAGAUAGCCUGACGGCGAGUUUACUCAGUGAGCAAGAACAGGAACCGCCAGACCGACCGUCCGGAGUGAUGAACCACAAAGCAUGCAGACAAAACGUCCGUCAACCAUCCCCCAAGAGGCCGAGGCAGCGAAAGGAGAGAAAAAUCGAUCAGCAUGUGGCCGACCAACACAACAUGUCACUUGGGAUUUCUGAUCGAUUAAGUAGAUUUUACGCUUUGACAAUGGAGAGCCGACCAAGGUCUUUGAAACGUCAGCAUUCAAAUAAACCUGUUCUGGAGAGCUCUUCUUUUUCUUUUUUUCUUCUUCUUCUUCGUCGUCGUCUUCGUCGUCGUCGUCGUCGUCUUCUUCUUCUUCUUCUUCUUCUUCUUCUUCUUCUCGUUCUUCUUCUUCUUUUUCUUCUUCUUCUUCUUCUUCUUCUUCUUCUUCUUCUUUUUCUUCUUCUUCUUCUUCUUUUUCUUCUUCUUCUUCUUCUUGUUCUUGUUCUUGCUCUUCUUCAAAUAAUCAACCCAGAUCUUUCAAGUUUGACAAUCUGAAUUAACUUUAAAUUUGUAAGGGAAUGAGCUGCCUGCUAAACGAAAGAGUGUAGUUGUUUUCUUUGUUUUUCAAAACACGGAGGAGAGUGGGCAGACUUCAUUGGAAUAGCGUAUUUUCUGUGACAGUAGAAAUUGCAUCGUCUAGGCGCUAGUUUGGCAGUUUCUGUCAAUCAUUUAUGCAGACAGUGUAUUAUGUUGUAGCCGUCAUCGCUGAGACUUAGUCCAGGAACUGAAAAUAUGCAGUCACACAGUGUCACCUUUAGUGUAUGGGAAGAAUAUUUCAUCAGAAGGUCAAUUCAUCUUUGGCCUACACGUGCAAAAGUCCUCAGCACGACUUGGAUAGAGCUACAGAUGUUACUUGUAUGAGUUGAUGAUCUAGUAUUUCGUGGGUCAUCGCUGAGACCUAAUAGAGUACGCUGCGCUUUGAAUUGUAAUUCUACCAACUAAGCCAAUCACAGGCCUAUUUAUGAUAGUGAAGGUUCUGAAAUCGACUGGGACACUUGAGUGGUUUGACGUUGAUAUAUGCUUUAAAUUUUGAAACAGUGCGUACUCCACUUUGUGGAGCCUUGCUAUGCUGAAAGGUGAACAAUAGCCAUGAAGACACCUUUUCCUCUAGUCCUUGGUUCCACUAUUAAGCGUUAGCAUUCAGGUGAUGAUUUAGUGAAUUAUUUCCUCUGAUCCAUACCUUUUACCACUCCAAGAUACAUCCUUCAUUUCCACUGCCGCAUUUGGUCAUCCACCUCUGUUAAAUUCCAUAUUCCAGAACUCUUCCAGAUAGGGCAUGAGAAUAGAGAUUGCCUAUUACAGGUGAUUUUGCAACAGAUUCCAAGUAGAGGGUUAAUGCCGGGGUGGGGAGAGUUAGAAAUAUGAUGAUUACGGUCAGGGUCAUGUGGGUUAGGAUUAAUGUUAAGAUGCGGAAUAGGUACCCCCUAUCGUAGGGAAGAUCCAUAUUCCUUUGACCGAUCUUCAAUAGCAUAACGAUAUGCCCCCACGAUUCUGCAUCUGGAAGUAGGACUUGCCAUUUAACGUUGUACUGCAGUAAAGAUGACUUACUAAUUGGUUCAAUAGCGGAGGAUGGACCCGUGUACAGGAAGCUACAUAAACGAACAGCAGACGUAAAACCGCUGUCCCCCUUCCGAAAUGUUGACUUCAAACCAAAUAGGAGACUACUGGAGAAUAUAGGCUAGUGACUGUACAUAAGCCGUGACACACUCGGUCUAUAUGUUCAAGCGAGAAAGAGACAUGAAAUCGUCUCCAAACGCCUAACAUGGAAGGUGUUUGACUAAUUUUCCAGUCUGUAAACCCAAGAAAGUGGAAUUGUCUGAAACGUAAAGCUCGACAACCCCAACUGUUCGAUGCUUCUUCAAUUCCCUUGGGCAACCUCUUAAUGGCGUGGAAGCUUAAGAUCUCUUAUAAAAAGACUCCUUAAGGAAUGCCCAAGGGAUUUUUAAAGGGUUUUUGAGAUGGCGAUCCUUAGAUGAAGAAUACACGAACGUCUCGUAGUGACACUUCGGCCGUCACGAAUGACGAAGUCCAAAUCGUGUCCCGCGACAUGGUGGGCGCCGGGACGGUGACUUACGCGUGAAUUAGUUGACAGUGGUGGUAGACUUGCGCAGCAUCCACUGCACCUCUCCUCUCUCACCCACCCGAGUUCAUUGUCGGGUUAGAGUUGGGAAGACCGUGACAGGAUCGGAAGCAGUGGCAAACAAAGUUAAACAGCCCGCCUACGUAUAUUACAUGCGACUUCGUCAGGCACUGUGUUGUACUAAAAGAAGAUGACUAUUACUGACGUGAAUGGUGUAUGUUCUGUUUGUACGUCCGGUUCCGUGAGGCGGGUUCGUGUGUGUAGGUUGGUGGGGUAAGGUCCACGAUGUUUUACCGCAGGGUUUCACGAAAGGGUAUUCGGUCGAAUAGACUCAUACAGUGAUAGAAUACCCUUGGGCAGUGAGUGUAGGUGAAGGAUGGGCGACUGGUGUUCCUGACGCUGGUGCAAAAGUCUCAGUACCAUGGAUUCGGAGUGUUCAACCAGGCCGAUGCGUACUAGAAACUUGAGGCUGCAGCAAGGAGAGCAUCGAGCUGUGGCAAGUGAGUUGGCGGUUCGGCGGUGCUAUUCGUGAUGGUGGUGACGGCGGUUGGUAGCGUUGGUAGUAGGGGAGUUUUCAGCUGGAGGAGGUAGGCUUGUCGUGGUGAAUUCCGCCGUCAUGGAUAUUCGUAUGGUCAAUUAGAGCCUUGCGGUAUCCGAAUGCCCAGGGACAUGGUAAGCGAAUGAGGUAUGUAUGACGGGUGUAGGUAGGAGCUACAGAUACUGAUCCACCGAUUUCUGUGCGCUGGAUCCAUGAGUGACAGGCCAGAUCUAAGUAUGAUGAGAAAGUGCGGUUGCAGUGGUGACAGGUUGGAAUGGUGGCUGCACUUUUAGUGACAGAGUCAGUGGUGUUAAUGUUUUGCACGUCGGCGUGGAGUGUCCUCAUUGAUGCUGCUGUUGGUGGUGGUAAUGACGAUUUAUUGUGAGAUGGGAGGCGGAUCUUAUAAAAACUGCACAGGCCAUAAGCUAUCCUUCGGGGUCGCAAUGGUCUCCCGUUUUCGUCAGCCGGACUAUAGAUAACAAAGCACGGAGCUUCAAAAUCCUCCCUCGUGGUUACGGGAGGAUACUUUUGCUCAACAGAGUGGUUAAAGGACGUAAUUAUUUUACGUAAAACUCGUAGAUCCCUCACCACUCCUUCUUUUGUAAAAUAACUAGGUAGUAUCUGCCCUGGCCUUUGCCGGGAAAUUAAACGAUACAAUAACAAGGCUUUACUCAAAGGACAGUCUUUAUCGUGAACCUGUAAUUUCGCAAGUGGGCUGCUGAAAAGAACCGCUCCUUUGGUAAUUUACUGAAUCCUUUUUAGUCAAAUUGUUUCAACUUUCCUUUGUGGGUUAUUACGGAGCCGGUAGGUGCAAGGCUCACAAAUUUUUGGACUAAAAUUUCUGAUUAUCGCAUUGACUUCUUAACAGUUAGGCAUUAUAAUGUACAGCUAACUGUUUCCCUAUUCGUUGCUUUUCUUUGCCUCUGUGCCAUUAUUUUGCGCCUUCUGUGUUGCAAAAGUACUUCUGUAAAUUACUCUGUAGACGGAAAAUCUAACGGGGUGAUUCUGUCCGCUGGAAUAUACUACACAGAUGCAAGAACUCAAAGUUGCACCGUAAAAAUAAAUAAUUUACAAAAUUCACUCUGCAUCACAUUUUUAAACGUUUCGCCAGUCAGAUCCCUGAGUAUUUGAUCGGCACUUGGCUGGCAUAUUACUGUUUCCCCAGAAGCGGUCCCUCAGCCGACAACUCCAUGCUGCCACAAGCCUUUCUUAAUGGGUAUCCAUCGAACUUAAGUGAAUUUUUUCACUAGAACUGCCUGAGCAACGUUAUUCCCGAGAAGUAGUAGCUUGGGCCUUGUAAACUUAGACGCUGAUGUCACUCCUCAACAAAUAUUUGGCUUGAUUUUCUUACGAAAUUUUGUGCAGAAAGCGGAAGCGGCAGCAGAGGAAGUCGAUAAAUACUGAACUUGAAGCCUAAUAUCUCUUUGAUAUACAAUCUAUUUUUAGCGUAUCCUUCAUCAUGGAGGCCUUGCAGCUAACGCCUAAAAACCAAACCUCUGAGCCGAUGCAACCUGUGGGAACUACGCCUGAGUUCAUUAAAAAUUUGUAUUUGUCUGAUUCCAACCCCGGUAUGAGCCAAGAGGAACGAAGGGGAAGCAGUUCCAGUCAGAACGCGACGGUGACACAGCACAGAAAGGGAGAAUAA